UUUGCAGAGAGAAGUCUUCGGACUGAGAAGGAACCGCAGCUCACAUUAAACCUCGGCUCUUCAGUAGUGUGCGUAAUCAGCCGGCAGCUGUGCGCUUUAUAAGAGCGCUGGUGACGCUUCAGUGCGGCUGCAGCUCACCUGUGCGUAAAGGAGGGUGGGUUUCUUCAGUCAGCCGGCGUACACCGACAGGAGAGGGGUCUGUGGAGUCUGUGGAUUGGGGCAUAUUGGACAACGCACACAAACACUCAGUCUGUGGCAUCAAACUGAGUUACUGACAGAAGCCACAGCAAGGGCUCGGUGCGGGUCUGAGUCGGUGCAGCCGUCCGCACGGAGAGAACUCGGCGGCAGCGGCGGAACAUUCGAUGGAGACGUUCGGUCUCCGGCACGACGCUGAUCCAUGGCGCGCAGCCCCUGGACUGACAGCUGAAGCCGUUGGCACCGCCUCUUACAGGGCGCAGCAGCCAAUCACAGCCCGCACAGCUCCCCGCACCGAGGCGUCCGGCCGCUGUGCGCACGCGCACGUCAGUUGAGCGCCCACGAACAGCGGAGCUGACAGAGCAGACCGGUGCAUGAGUCCUGCUCCAUCACACCCCAGAGUGUUUGUGCCGCUUCUGAACAAGUUGAGGAGCUGGGGGGGUCUCGUCACAGCGAGGUGCCCAUGGUUCAGCCAUGGACGCAUCGACGGACUCCACCGCAGGACACGACCCUGGCAGAAAAACACUUGUUGGUGGUGUUGGUGCAACUUCCACUCACCAGGGGAAAGUAGGCUCAGUGCAGACUUGCAAUGGGAACCAAACUAUGAACUCUUUGGGAAGCGCUGCCGCUCACGGGGCUGCUGCCUUGUCUGUGGCAGCUGUCAGCAGCGGAGCGCUGGUGUCCAAAGGGCUGUCGGCUGCCAUCAUGCCGCCCGCAUCCACCACUGUCAUCCAGACGCCUCCCAUGAACUCUCAGAGUGUUGUCUCCUCGGCUCAGCCUGUGAACCAGGCGGCAGGAGCCACCGUGACGCUCGUCAGGCCGCCUAUGCAAACCGCGGGGUCGGGUGCAACUUUGAAUGGGAACAAUAAUGUGGUGGUGGCCGGUGCAACAGGACAGUCAGGUGUAAACAAUGUCCAGCUGUCCACCCCGGGGUCUGUCAGCGUCAGGUCGCACGUUAUCAAGGCAGAGCCGCCCACUACGAUCAUGCAGACCGCACCGCAGCCCGCUGUCCCCUCCGCCGCAGUCAGUGCUCCCCGGGCUCCGGCGACUGUGGCUGCCGGUCCAGGUGGGAUCCGAGCGCUGACGCCUCAGAUGUUGGCCCCGAGGCUCCCCCAUACCUCCACAGGACAGCCCGGUGUGCACAACAUCCAGCUGCCCCCGGGGAUGGUGCUUGUACGCAGUGAGAGUGGGCAGCUGCUGAUGAUUCCUCAGCAGGCUCUGGCCCAGAUGCAGGCCCAGUCGCAGGGAGGCAUAACACCUCGACCUGCAGCACCGACAAACAUGCCUCCUAGUCAGGCUCCUGUAAACAUCAGUAGACAAGUGGCUCCCAGCACCAUCAUCCGACAGGGCUGUCCUACUCCAACUACACUCGCUGCGACGACCACUCUUCACAGACCUCCUAUUCUUCAGAGCUCAGUUGGGGCCGCAGCACCAGGAAUGACCCCCAGGACUGUCAGCCAAACAGCUGGGACCACAGUUACCUCAGUAACAGUAAGCAAAGAGACAAUGGAGAAUGUGAAGAAAUGUAAGAACUUCCUGUCUACAUUGAUAAAACUGGCAUCCACUGGGAAGCAAUCAACAGAGACUGCAGCCAUUGUGAGAGAGCUGGUGAAACAGCUGCUGGAGGGAAAACUGGAAGCUGAGGAAUUCACUAGCAGAUUGUACAAAGAGCUAAAUUCCUCACCCCAACCCUACCUUGUGCCUUUCCUCAAGAGAAGCCUCCCAGCCUUGAGGCAGCUCACUCCAGACUCAGCUGCAUUCAUCCAGCAGAGUCAGCUCCCCCAGCUGGCCUCAGUUCCAGUCUCCUCCACCUCCUCGACCCCCACUACGGUGGUCCUAAGCAACCCUGCCCCUCGUCUCACUGCCCCAAUCAGCAGGCCGCAGCUGCAGCCAGGCGUCAGCAAGCAAGGACAGACCGCUUCACUGGUUCUGCAGCUUCAGCAGCAGAGAGCAACAGUGAGACCUCAGGUAACCUUACAGACAACCCCCAUGGUGACACUCAGGAAUCAGGCCCCUGGUCGCAUCAUGCUGGGACAGCAACAGGUCCAGCUCAAAGAGCUGCAACCAAUCCCUGUGAGGCCAGAGGGGCCAACUGUUUCUAAACAAUUCUCUGCUGUAACAGCCUUGACUGCAGCUCACAAGAACAAGAUUAAAGAGGCGGGCAGCACUUUCAAGGAUGAAGACGACAUCAAUGAUGUGGCCUCCAUGGCUGGAGUGAACCUAUCAGAGGAAAGCGCCAAUAUCUUAGCAAGCAAUUCUGGACUAGUGGGAGCGGUGACACAUUCCUGUAAGGAUGAGGCUUUCCUCUCCUGCGCCCUGUUGCAAAAGAGGAUGCUGGAGAUAGGGAGUAGGUAUGGUGUGACUAACCUGGGUGCGGAGGUGGUGAACUUUGUCUCCCAUGCUACUCAGCAGCGACUCCAGAACCUGUUAGAAAAAGUUUCCCAAGUGGCCCAGCAGAAGAAUGUCAACUUAAAGGAGGAUGACAAGCAUGAGCAGAACAGUGAUGUUCGUGCUCAGCUCAAGUUCUUUGAGCAACUGGACUUGGUAGAGAAACAAAGAAAGGAGGAGCAGGAGAGAGAGAUCCUCCUGAAGGCAGCUAAGUCUCGAGCCAGGCAAGAGGACCCGGAGCAGCUGCGUCUGAAACAGAAAGCAAAAGAGAUGCAGCAGCAGGAACUGGCUCAGAUGAGACAGAGGGAGGCCAACCUGACGGCACUGGCAGCCAUUGGCCCCAGAAAGAAGAGGAAAAUCCUGGACUCUCAAUCCUCCGCUGCUGCAGCUGAGGGAUCAGGAGCAGGUCCCUCUUUGUCUGGUGGGGCGGGUUCGUCGAGCUCCAGACCCACGCGGCAGCGCAUCACACGCGUCAAUCUCAGGGACCUGCUCUUCUGUUUGGAGAACGAGAGGUUUACCAGUCACUCUCAUUUCCUUUACAAGGGCUUUCUGAAAUAGGCUUGAUGUCAGAGAGGAGGAUGAGGAGAAGAGAGGAGGGGAAAUGAAGUGUGUGGAGAGACCGGCCGCUCCCACCACAGACAGUGUAACAGACUCUUGUGUAUGAAGAGGAGAGGAGCAGCUGUUUGGCACAUUUCAAGUUUUCUCAUUCGAACCUGAUAACCUGAAACACAACAGUAGCUCCAUGUGACGGCCUUUCUUCCUCUCUCCUCAGAUAACGCCCAUUUUCUUUCAGAGCAGUCGUGGACUUCUGCCCCUUUAUUCAGCCCGUACAACUUAUUUUUCAAAAAAGGGUUAUAAUAAAGGGUUUUUGUAUGAACAAAUGACUUGUAUAAAAAUGCACUGCAGAACAGUACAGUUUAUUUUCUGAUUAUUUGUUUGUGCAGAAGACUGUAAAGCAAUGAAAAUCAUUUGUUUUAUUUUACCACCGACUAAUUUUGAUGAUUGAUGAUGAUUCAGUUUUUUUCUGUCAACUGAGUUAGUUUUGGCUUCAAACUGUAUAACCUACUGAGUUGCCUUCCUAACUAUUAAUAAGCCAUAUAGCCACCCUGAAACUAUUAACUCUGCUGUGUCUCCUGAGGCAGCAGCUCGCUCUCUUUCUGUCACCUCCAAGUCUUUACCUGAUUUUUCUGCAUAUUUAUUCAUGUAGCUCAACACUUAAAUUAAUGAUUAGUUAUUUAUUUAACUUCAUGUAAUACCAGCUGUUUCAUGUAGCUGCGAUUAAAAACACAUUUAGUGGUGUGUGUAGAUUUCAGUGUGUGUGAAGAAAAAACACAAAUCUGUUAAUUGUUCUUUUAAAAUUAAUUUUGAUGUUUAUUCAUUUCUAACACUUCAGCAGGUUUCAGAAAGCAUCUCACCUGUACUGCGAUACCAAACAUACAUCUACCUGAAAUUUCUAUUUUUGUAGCUUCCCACCAACACAGCUUUUUACUCUUUUAAUAGUGACUGACGGUAUCCUCAAAUCAUUUCCUGACCUGCUUCUAUUUUUGUGUGUUACUGGACAGCCCCUUAUGUUUUUAGUACCUAUGACUAAAGAAACUGGAGUUUCUUCCUGUAUAUUUGUAAAUGUUACACCUAAAGUUUUACACAUGGUUUUGUAUAGAGUCAAGAAUAUACCCAUACAACGUAAAGAAAAACACAUUUUCUCUAUUGAAAGUUUGAAUAAAAAAUUAUUUUACAGUAA